UAGCAUGGAUUCAAAACUGGAAGCUAAAAAACUGCCUUGCGUAUUCACUUUGUUUGCUGAAAAGUAUCCAGAAAGUGAUUUACUAAAACAUAUAGAGAAAUGCAAGCCAGAAGAGAAUCAAUAUUGGCGAAAUGCAUUAGCUAAUAUGGUAGUUAAAAGAACAACAGAAAUGCUAAAAGUUCGUGAUCUAGCCAAAGAAACUUCUACUUUUGGCGCUCAAGUUGAUUCAUUGAAAAACAUUUAA